AUGGCUUGUUUCACUGCUCCGAAACUCGUUUUAAUUCUCUCAGCACUGCAUCUAGUUCUGCUCGCAACCUAUGUCUUUGCACAGUGCUCCGAACCAUCCGUUCGCCGUGAAUGGAGACAGUUCAGCGCCAGCGAGAAAGUGGAGUGGAUCGCAGCCGUGAAGUGUCUCACCACAUUCCCCCAUACCGAUGCACUUACUCCAUCUGUGGACCCGUCUGUCUCGUUAAUCCCGAGUGUUAAUACAUCGUCUACGUACUACGAUGAUUUUGUGUAUAUGCACAUGGAUCUCAACACGAGGAUUCAUUCCACCGGCUACUUCCUUCCAUGGCAUAGAUGGUACGUUGCUGUGUACGAGCAAGCUCUUAAGGAGAAGUGCAGUUACACUGGUGUCUCGCCAUACUGGAACUGGACCAUAGACUCGGCCGAUGUCUUCGAUUCAGACUUUUUCAAGGAGUCUGACCCCUCCAGUGGGCUCGGAGGAUGGGGCGAUCCGAACAAGGACUUAGGUGUAACGGAUGGUGCCUUCAGCGACUUCAUGAUCGCGUAUCCAAAUCCACACAUUCUGCGACGUAAUUUCUCAUUGCAGCCUUGGAAAGACCUUGGUGAUCUCAACGGAUUCAAUCCAUAUCCCCUCGAAUACGCAAAUGCAACUUUCACGCCCGAUGCUAUGAGCGCGUUGAUAAAUGGCUAUGUCGGAGAUUUUGUCGGUUUUCAGGCGGACUUUGAGAAAACGCAGGGAGCACAUGGCGCUGUUCACCUGAUGAUGGAAGGUGACCUAGGUGGCACUUGUCCGCAAGGUGCCUAUGAAGGUUGUUCGGGUAACAAUCCCACUUGGUCUGCAAAUGAGCCGCUUUUCUGGAUGCACCAUGCAAUGGUUGACAAAGUUUGGUCCGAUUGGCAGAACGCUAAUCCGGAGAACUUCUGGGCGUUCUUCGGUGGUACUGUACAAAGCACACAGAAUGUUACCUACUAUGCACAGUAUCCAAACGGCGGACCUCCUUUCUUAUCUGUUAAUGACACGAUUCCGGCGGAUGGUCUAUUCAACGAGACAACAAUUUAUAACGUCAUGGAUACGACAGGAGGAUUUUUGUGCUACGUAUAUGAGUGA